AUGCGGCCUGCUUCUUUUCUACUUCUUGUGACCCCUCUCACGCUUGCCCGGGCAGGCAUUACACCGAGGGCCUCCUACGCAGAUGUGACUGUGUCCCUUCGGAAAGAUCUUUUGUCAGACUGGUAUUCCGAUAUUGAUAGCGAUGACUCGGAUAUUGAAGGGCCCAACGACCCCGCAGGAUUCUACAGCUGUGUUGGCCCUAUGAUCGAAGACUAUCCUCAGAAGAAUGAGUGGCUGAGCUUCAAGACAAUGUGGGCUAUUAACGAGCCCGACAUCACGCUGGCAAAUGGGGGUGAUUCAUAUAACACGCAUCUUCGGGAGGCCAUCGAGGAGAUCUCAGUAAAAAGUAAAGUCGACGCAAGGCUCAUCCUCACGCUUGUCUUGCAGGAGGUAUGGCAUCGUUCCCUCACAUUCUGGGUGAUAUCGACUGCUAACAAAGUGGAGUCCUCCGGGAACAUGUCUAUUGGGUGUACCGGGAAGACAGACUGCGGCAUCCUCCAACACCGGGGCUCCCGCAAAUUCGACCGAAACCAGCCCAAGCAGAGCAUCACGAAUAUGCUCAUCGACGGCAUCUACGGAACGGCCCCGAACCCCGCUCCCGGCACGCCAUACGGCUGGCCUGGUUACCUGCACCUCUUCAACGGCUUCCAGGAAGGUCUAGAGUGGCUGGGCGAUGCGCAAUUCUGGCGCGGAAACCCAUACGCGGCGGGUCAUUUGUAUAACGCGGGGUCGAUCGGGAGUGAGAAUCUAACGACUAUGGAUGGAGGCGUUGAAAGGAGCAGGUAUUAUGCGAACGACAUGGUCAGUCGGUUGCAAGGAUGGAACGGGCGAGGAGAAGGGUGUUUGAAGAGUCGGCAGUGUCGGGCACAUGGCUUUGAGGGCAGAGUGUGCUACUAG